UCUCUGUCAACCUUCACGCGCAAAGCAUGUAGGCGCAUAUGACCACUCAACAACACUUGCUCGAUCGUGCAUAUGGCUUCACACACAAUGACGCUCUCAAACGCGCAACCGCCACCAGCCUCAUAUACGCGCUGCAACCAGCCGGCGUGACCUUUAGCCAGCGACUGCCCCCUGCAGACGACCCUUAUGCGCGUAUCCCGGCACAUAUCGCAGGCGUGAAUGCCUUGACGAUCGACAGAUUCGAGGGACGGUACCUACUUUCCGGCGGCGCGGACUCCUCAAUCGCAAUAUGGGAUCUCGAAGCCCAAACCGCCAGCACAGAGAGCGGAGAGACGUACCUCCCUCUCUCAGCAGUGAACAAGACGGCAAAGGAGCAUAAGCUAGGCAUCACACAGCUCAGCUUCUACCCUUUCGACUCGCUCGCCUUCCUUACAUCCUCCUACGAUCACACCGUCAAGCUCUACUCCAGCGAAACCCUCGAAGCCUCAGCCUCCUUCGACCUCGACGCCGUGAUCUACAAUAUUGCCCUUUCCCCGAUCGCCUCACAUCUCCUCGUUGCCUGCGCGACCCAAGGUCCGAACGUCCGCUUAAUCGACCUCCGCUCGGGUGCAACAACACACAGUCUCGCCGGACACGCGGGCGCCGUGCUCUCUACAGCCUGGAGCCCCGUGACAGACCACCUCCUCGCAUCUGGCGCAACAGACGGCACAGUGCGCUUCUGGGACAUCCGGCGCAGUGUUGGCUCCUUGGGGUCUCUCAACCUCGAAGACUCCGUGGGUCGCAUCGGCGCACCGACGCACUCGAACUCACAUGCCCAAAGCCACGGACAAGCGCACCGCGGCGCCGUGAACGGGAUUGUUUGGACGGAAGACGGACGACAUCUCGUCACUGCAGGACACGACCAAAGGAUCAGAGUCUGGGACACAAGCACGUACGCCAACACACUCGCCAACUUCGGCCCCAUGGUGAAGAACAGCGGCCUCGCGCCCACCAUCCCUAUCGUACCGCCCAGACGCAACCUACCCGCGCGUGCAGAUGUCGUGUUCUACCCGAAUGAGCACGAGAUCCUUUUCUACGAGCUGUUCGACGGCAAACUCCUGCGGCGCAUGCGGCGCCCCGAAGUCGCCAAGCGCGCUGCUGACGUCGCUGCUGCGAACAGUGCGAAUGGCAAGGGUCAGAGGAAUGCGAAGGAUCGCAUCACGAGUCUGGCAUGGAGGGCGCACGAUGUGGAGAUGUAUUCUGCGCACGCGGACGGGAGUAUUUGUGCGUGGAAGCCGCGGACGGAUGAGGACGUUGAGGCGGACGAGGAGGAGCGGGUUGAGGAGGAGGAAAGAGAUAAGAGCAGGAAGAGGAAGAGAGAUGUGCUCGAUGACAUCUACGCAGGAUUGACGAAGAAGAACAUCACAUUUGGGAAUAUGGGGUUAUAGCGGAGACAGACUAGACGAUUUCGAUCAUGAGCUGACGGCUUCUGAUCAUUCAAUCACUUGGGGUAUCUUAACGUCCAAAGCUAUAUUGAAGGCAUGGCAGAACUCGCAUCAAGAACCAUACCGGUAGACAUGCAGAUACACUUUCUCCUCCCCCGGCUCAACAUCACCAGGCAGCAGAUAUUCCAGCAACGCCGUUUCCCUGAAUCCAGCUUCAGCCAUGAGAUCAAAGAAAACACAUUCACUAUCGUGCCGCAUCUUCAUUGCUAU